AUGACUUUUGGUAGGCGACUGUACAGUGUGCACAGCGUACAAGGUGCCCUUAUUGCGGUAUUUGAGACAACGGAUGGAGGACGUUUUGUUGUCGAUUCAGUGACUUCUCCUGAUGAUGGAGCGACCUGGGGGAAUCGGCAACGAGUGUUUACGCCAGAUGGCGGGGCAAAUAAGGGGGCGGGUGCGCCUCAGGUUUGGAAUGUUUGGGGGACGCUUGUUGUUUCUUUCAUGACGGAUGAGGAUCGUAACUCGGAUACUGGAUAUGCGAACUGUGCGACCAAGAUCAUGACGUCUACCGAUGGAGGGAAAACAUGGGGCAAUAAGUUCACUGUGUUUAGUGAUCAAGCGAACUGGCCGGGUAUGGCGCUGCUUGACCCCUCACAUUUACUGGUGAUGGCCGGGGUUAACGGGAAAGGAGCUCUGAGCCAGAGAGUGCAAUUGAAUUAA